AUGCAGGUGACGUUCUGCAAACUUGGGACUCACCAGUGGGGUUUCAUUCUGUUUAAUGUCGUAGUAUUUCACGCCUUGCUCUUUGGAGCUGACUUCGUGGAAGAAUACUUUUUACAUUCUUUGCCUCAUGUUGAUAUGAAAAUCCUUGAAAUUAAGAACAAGGCAAGAAAACCCAACUUGGGAUUCAUAAGAGGUACUCCCUCCACGGACUAUGUUUUGAGCCAGCUGGAGGCAUGUAAUGGGAAGCCCAUCUUUCUGUUCACUAUCUUCAGUAGCCCAGGGAGUGGAACAAAAAGGGAGCGCAUCAGGAAAAUGUGGGGUAGUGUGACCAGUGUUCAAGGCUACCCAGUCCUUACACUGUUUGCUCUGGUAACUACGGAAGAGACAGACAUCGAGUCUCAGGAGAAUAACGACAUAACUGAAGGGAUCUUCUUGGACAGGUCUGAAAACCAGACCCUGAAGAGCAUCUCAAUGAUGUAGUGGGUUGUGUCUUUCUCCUAAUGCCCUCAUACUCAAGCUGAUGAAAAGAUGUUUAUCAAUCUACCAGGCUUGGUGGACUAUCUACUCAGUCUAAAAGAACAUCCAGAAGGUAUCUAUGUAGGAAGUGUUACUCACCAGGAUAAUCCUAACAGAGACCCCCACCAAGAAUUUGUCCCUCUUGGUGAGUACUGGGCUGCUGCAGUGGAUCUGGAAUGGGGCAUAUACAGCGUUUCUCGGCAAUGUGGAGUACGGGGCUGCUCACUGGUGGUGGCCAUGGAAGUAUGGAGAACUCCAAGAAGGUCUGUGGACCAGUCGUAG